AUCUCCUAGCAUCCUUAUCGAUGAUAGUCGUACUUUAACUGUUCGGACGGUCCUUUCCGAAGAUAGCCUGUCAACCUGUAAAGUUUUGAGGUUGGGAUCUCUUUCGUGAUGGUGCAGCGGGAAACAAUAAUACUGGACAAUGGCGGAUAUACUAUGAAAAUAGGAACGAGUCGAGAUUUGGAGCCGAAGGUCAUACCUAACUGUAUUGCUAAGGCGAAGACGGAUAGGAAACGAGAAUUCGUUGCUGACGAGCAGUCGGAAUGUGUCGACAAGACAGGACUGUUCUAUGUAAUGCCAUUUGAAAGAGGUUAUCUAGUCAAUCCGGACGUAGAAGAACAGAUCUGGGAGCACGUUUUUGAAUCAUAUCCUACUAAAGAAUCGCGAAUUGUUCUUUCUGACCCUAACUAUCUGAUUCCUGCCAUAGAGGAUGUCAGUGUGGAGGCACUGUUUGAGCAGCAUGACUUCCAUUCUGUUUUCAAAGCGUCAGCUGCCGGAUUCAUAGCUCUGGAAGGAUCAUGUCGCAACAUCAGGUGUGCUCUUAUCGUAGAUUGUGGAUUUUCUUCUGUUACUGUUGCUCCCUUUCUGGACGGCAAAGCUAUUCAACAGGGACUUGUGAGAAUAGACGUGGGCGGCAAAGUUUUGACGAAUCAGUUGAAGGAAUGGAUCUCUUAUCGUGACCUAAAUGUGCUGGAAGAAACUUAUAUCAUGAACCAGUGCAAAGAAGAUGCCUGUUUUGUCUCACUCGACUUCAAUCGGGAUAUGAAAAUUGCUAAGUACCGCGAUGCUCGCAAUACAAUCCGUUGUGAAUAUGUACUCCCAGAUUUUUGUCGCUUGUCGCGAGGAUAUUUGAGAGAUCCUUUGCAAACUGCCAAGUCUUCGCAACCGGAGGAUGCACCUCAAGCCAUUACUCUGAAUCGAGAACGUUUUGCACUGCCCGAACUAUUGUUUCACCCCUCCGACAUUGGCUUGAACCAAAUGGGUGUCGUCGAGGCAGUUGUUGAAUCACUUUCAAGAUGUCCUGUGAAUCUCAGAGCGGCAUUGGUGCAAAACAUAUCUUUAGUGGGAGGAUGUACGCUGUUUCCUGGGUUUAGGGAACGAUUUAUCACUGACUUGCGAUCGUAUAUGGAUGUUGACUGGUGCGUAAACCUUGCUGAUGUUUCCAAUCCGAUUACCCACGCUUGGUCAUGUGCAACAGCUGCAUUCACUGGGGAUAUGGUAACAGAAGAACACCUUUUUGUGACAAGAGAUGAGUGGAAUGAACACGGAGAAGAGAUUUUGCAUAAGAAGUUUCUCAACUUUUUGGACUUCGAAUCAGAAGAGGCGGAGGAAGCGUCUGACGAACCCAAUGAAUGAUUUCGUUGUGUAGAUAGGGAGGUUGCGAAUUGUCAUUGAGGAUAUUUAUAUGCAUUUCUAUAACAUCUACAGUUUGGUAUUCCUGUCUUUCAGAUAUAUCUUCAAAAGCUUUUAUUUUGUAAAUUCAGUCACCUUUUUGCUGUCUUAAGCAGCCACAAUCAAGCCUGUCUGGAUCUCAUAUACAUAAUUUCAAGGAUAUAUGUUCUACGAGUCUUUUUUCCUCAUUGCUCAUUAUUACGCAGUUGCCUUUGUGGGCUUUUAUUGUCUGCGAAAUUUUGCGUGAACGUCUUUGGAUUCUGAUAGUUGGGCAUCUCUU